GCCUGUCUUAUCUAUGAAACUGCCCUUGGGUAUUGUACUUUGGAAUUGAGGUCUUAGUCCUAUUGUGAAUCCUUGCUACUCUGUUCAGCUGCCUGAAGUAACUAUGUAUGUGUUUUACCUCCCCUGGAAAACUAAUUUCUAGGGGCUUGGUUAUAAUCCACUCCUCAAGAGAGCUAUAACUGGCUGAGAUUCUGUGUCAACAAUUGCAUUUUUUUUUCUUAACCUUAUUCUUGUCCCUGUCACCGUUUUUAACCCAACUAUUAAAGCUGUUUUGACUGAAACUCUUUCCGUAUCUUGGGCUUAGCUCCUCUCUAUGGGUCUUUCUUGAAGAAGGAGAAUGGGAGAGAUGGAUGUCAUACUGGAGAAUGACAUGGGGAGAGAAGAGGGUGAAAAAGGGGAAUGAAUGGAAAAUUGUAUUGAAGAUAGAGGAGUUAACAAAAGAAGGAUGUCUCAGGAACCAGCACACAUUAUCACAAACUCAGAGCACACCCUUCAUUGCUGACCCUUUCCUGACCUGGCUCCACCCCUGAGGGACACAUGUCAGCCUUGACCAAUGACUUCAAAGUACUGGGGGGAACAAGGGGCCAGAAGUUCAGCAGAAAACAAUAAAAGGCCACACGUUCCAGCAGCAGCACAUACCUGCUUCUGACACCUCUGUGAUCAUCUGCAAGCUCCCAGACCUGACAUCAUGGUGCAUUUUACUGGUGAGGAGAAGGCUGUCAUCACUAGCAUGUGGGGCAAAGUGAAUGUGGAAGAUGCUGGAGGCGAGGCCCUUGGCAGGCUCUUGGUCGUCUACCCCUGGACCCAGAGGUUUUUUGACACCUUUGGCAACCUGUCCUCUUCCUCUGCCAUAAUGGGCAACCCCAAAGUCAAGGCCCAUGGCAAGAAGGUGCUGACCUCUUUUGGAGAUGCUGUUAAGAACAUGGACAACCUCAAGGGCACCUUUGCUAAGCUGAGUGAGCUACAUUGUGACAAGCUGCACGUGGAUCCUGAGAACUUCAGACUCCUGGGCAAUGUGCUGGUGAUUAUCCUGGCUUCUCAUUUUGGCAAGGAAUUCACCCCUGAUGUGCAGGCUGCUUGGCAGAAGCUGGUGGCUGGGGUUGCCAACGCUCUGGCCCACAAGUACCACUGAGUCCUCUUUCCAGGUCACCAGCGCCCUUUUGUUUCCCCAAUGCCCUCCUUCUGCACAUGGAGACUGGAGUUUGGCCUUGAGAACACAGCUUCCGUGUAAUAAAGUACAUUCUAUUCAGCAAUCAGAAAUUAAUAUUGUGUC